AUGCACCAGACCCCAGGGAAUUACAUUCUGAUUUUUGAGGACGGUGCAAUUGUUUCACAGUUCAGGGGCAGCAAAGGACACUACAGAUACCACUGGCAGAGCCACAAUGUCAAGCACAGUGGAGUGGAUGAUAUGGUCCUUCUUUCCAAGAUCACAGAGGAUUCCAUAGUGGAGAACCUAAAGAAACGAUACAUGGAUGAUUAUAUUUUUACAUACAUCGGCUCUGUGUUAAUCUCUGUGAAUCCUUUCAAGCAAAUGCCGUAUUUUGGGGAAAAGGAGAUUGAAAUGUACCAAGGAGCAGCGCAGUACGAAAACCCACCACAUAUUUAUGCUCUUGCAGACAGCAUGUACAGAAACAUGAUUAUCGACAGAGAAAAUCAGUGUGUCAUUAUUAGUGGGGAAAGCGGUGCUGGAAAGACUGUAGCUGCUAAAUAUAUCAUGAGUUACAUCUCCAAAAUUUCAGGAGGUGGCCCUAAAGUACAGCAUGUUAAAGAUAUUAUUCUACAGUCCAACCCUUUACUGGAAGCCUUUGGGAAUGCAAAAACUGUACGGAACAACAACUCCAGCAGAUUUGGGAAAUACUUUGAAAUCCAGUUUAGCCCAGGUGGAGAACCGGAUGGAGGGAAAAUCUCCAACUUCCUACUGGAAAAAUCUCGAGUUGUAAUGAGGAAUCCUGGAGAGAGGAGCUUUCACAUUUUUUACCAGCUAAUUGAGGGGGCGUCCUCGGAACAAAAGAGCAGCCUUGGCAUUACCAGUAUGGACUACUAUUACUAUCUGAGUCUCUCUGGGUCCUACAAAGUCGAUGACAUCAAUGACAAAUCGGAUUUCCAAGAAACACUGCAUGCAAUGAGUGUGAUUGGGAUCUUUGCAGAGGAACAGGCGUUGGUGCUGCAGAUAGUGGCAGGAAUACUGCAUUUGGGAAAUAUCAGCUUCAAAGAAGUUGGCAACUACGCGGGAGUGGAGAGCGAGGAGUUUUUGGCUUUCCCUGCUUUUCUCCUUGGAAUUAACCAGGACCGCCUAAAGGAAAAACUAACCAGCAGACAGAUGGACAGCAAGUGGGGAGGCAAAUCAGAGUCCAUUAAUGUAACACUAAAUGUGGAACAAGCCUGCUACACCAGGGAUGCACUGGCCAAGGCCCUUCAUUCCCGUGUGUUUGAUUACUUGGUGGAUUCUAUUAAUAAGGCUAUGGAGAAGGACCACGAAGAAUAUAACAUUGGUGUCCUUGAUAUUUAUGGCUUUGAAAUAUUCCAGAAAAAUGGGUUUGAACAGUUCUGCAUCAACUUCGUUAAUGAGAAACUGCAGCAGAUUUUUAUUGAACUGACACUGAAGGCAGAACAGGAAGAAUAUGUGCAAGAAGGAAUUAGAUGGACACCAAUAGAAUACUUCAACAACAAAAUAGUAUGUGACCUUAUAGAGAACAAAGUG